ACUCCGGCUCCUUUCUUCUGGCAAAAUGAAAACCCCUGUGGCAUUUCUGGUGGUGCUGUCCAUCUUUGGAAUACAAUCUCAGGCAGAUGAGGUUUUUAACAUCUUCACUCCAAGCGCCAAUGGUGGCAAUGUCCAGGAGACAGUGACCAUUGACAAUGAGAAGAACACUGCCACCGUCAACAUCCACGCAGGGACGUGCUCUUCAACCACCAUUUUUGACUAUAAGCAUGGUUACAUCGCAUCCCGGGUGCUCUCCCGAAGAGCCUGCUACAUCCUCAAGAUGGACCACAAAGCCAUCCCUGCUCUGGACAAACUCCAACGGUACAUCUACGAGAAGCAGGCAAUGAGCACCAUGGACUCCAAAGAGUACACUUGGGUCAAGUAUAACCCUUUGAAGUCUCUGAUCAUGAAGGUGGAUUGGUUCCUGUUUGGGUCGCCAAUUGAGCAGCUGUGCAAGCACGUCCCCCUGUAUGAGGCGGAGGUGGUUACAAAGCCAAAAGAGGUGUCCACUGGAGCCUGUGCAAAGGUUGGCCUCCUGGGUAUCCUGGGAGUCUCUAUCUGCGCAGGAAUUCACAUCUGAGAUGGUCCAUCAGCUGCCUUCAUCUUUCUGAAGAAGUCCACCGUUGUUUCCAUUCAGCAGCCAAACUAGAUUCGUUCCAACAUUCCAUCUACUUAUGAGAUUCAAUAAUAACACAGAAAUGAUAUAUUUA